ACUGCUGGAUUCUACGGCAAGGACAGAAAUUGUCUCCCCUGCCCACCUGGCCAAUAUAAUGCCGGGUUGGGAAAACAGUGGUGUGAUAUUUGCAUCGCGGGAACAUACCAGGAUCAAUGGCAGUCAACCGCCUACAUACCAUGCAGCCCUGGUUAUUACCAAGAUCAUAUAGGCCAAACCUCUUGCAAACCUUGUUCAAAAGGCCAUUUCGCAAACAAUCAAGGUAUGCAGUUUUGCAAGACAUGUUCGGGUGGAACCUAUCAAAAUAAAAUUGGACAAAGUACGUGUAUACAAUGUGGAGCAGGAACGUAUUCGAAAGCUGCGGCUUUAUCUUGUAUCAGCUGCAAUGUAGGAGAACAUCAACCUGAUGCAGGUAAAUCAAAAUGCCUGAUAUGUAUUCCUGGAACUUAUCAAGAUAAAACAGGACAAGCAAAUUGUAUACAGUGUCCAAAAGGGAUGUACCAACCUGAUGAAGGAAAGACUGGUUGUUUUUCCUGUACUCCUGGAAAACAUCAGGAUGAAACUGGACAAACCACGUGCAAGACCUGUAAUCCGGGUACUUACCAGCCACAGUCUGAGCAGGCCCAGUGUUUGGCCUGUCCAAAAGGGACGUACCAGCCAGACCAAGAACAAACCAGCUGUUCGGAGUGCACGCCAGGGUCCCAUCAAGAUCAAACUGGCCAAACUGAGUGUAAAAAGUGUACUGCAGGUAAUUAUCAGCCACAAGCUAAACAGGCCCAGUGCCUAGAAUGUCCAAAAGGGAUGUACCAGUCAGACCAAGAACAGACCAGCUGUUUAUCUUGUACAGCAGGAUACUAUCAGGAUAAGACUGGCGAAGCUGAGUGUAAAAUAUGUAAGGCAGGUACAUAUCAACCACAAGCUGAGCAGGACCAAUGUCUGGCAUGCCCGAAAGGGAAGUACCAGCCAAACGAAGGAGAGACCAGUAGCUGUCUGUCCUGUUUAAAAGGAACUUAUCAGGAUGAAACUGGACAGAGCUCGUGUAAAUUGUGUAGCCCAGGAACAUUUCAAAACGUGUCAAACCAAGCGCAGUGUAUAGCGUGUUCACCAGGGACGAAGCAACAGAACGAAGGACGUUUUCAAUGUGUACCUUGUUCUCCUGGGCACUAUGCUGAUAGGACUGGAAUGUCUACCUGUACACAGUGUAAUCCAGGGACUUACCAGGAUUCCUGGAGGCAGACUCAGUGUCUGGCAUGUCCAGCUAAUCAGUACCAGGACCAGUCAGGGAAAACACAGUGUAAAGACUGUACAGGGACGAACAAGUGCAUCAACCCCGCCAAAACAGUUUGUGGAGAUAUCAUUCAACACGAAAAGACUUACUGCACUUCGGAAGUAUUUGUUGGAUAUAAAACAUUCGAAGGGUGCAAGCAAGAAUGUUUGUCACAGGCUAACUGUAAAGGGAUAUGCUACUCCCGAAAAGGCGAAACUUGGUGUUACACCUGCCCAACGAAUACAUUGAAGGGUUAUAAAGAUGGGGACUAUUGGGACAUGACGAGUUGUAGAUAGUUAUCACGGCAAUAUGUACAGUUAUUACAACAUUG